ACCGAGUAAUCCAAGAACGAGUUAUUAAGUUAAUUCAUGCUAAUAACCCGUUUCAAGUAUUCAAAAAAAGAAACAUCGAAUAUAACGGAGCCUUUGGCGAAUAUAUCGGCACUCAACCCCUCGAAGGAUUGCCCGAAGUUUUUAGUUGCCGUUUGCCGAUUAUCGUGGAUAAUGUUUAUCCGUCCAUCCAAAACAAGCAAGUCAUGAAACGAGCCCUCCAAAAUUCGGAUAUCUUGGCUGAAUUGUCGGAACGGUUAAUCGACGAUAUGAAAGUUCAAGCCACUCGGGACAUUCGCAAAAAGGUUAUGGAGUUAAUCCUCGAUAAAGCCGUAGCCGUGAUUUCUUGGAUUAAAAAAACUUCCUCGGCUAUGCUGGAAGACA